CUCGUCUUCAAUGUAUGAUUCUCAGAGCUCCUCAUUCGUUGCAUAGAUAUGGCUUCAUCAACCGUUCCCUUUGCAAGAAUUCCUCCGCGUCUUGCGUGGUUUUCUCGGUGGCGAACUACAUCUUGUGCACAUCUCAUUCAUCAUUGAAAAACAAAAUUCGCAUAAAAAAAAUUCAUCUCGCAGCAAGAUGCCUGGUCGUCGUUGUAUCUAGGCUCCACAGAACAACAUCAAAAGAUGAUGGAGCCUCCGCGACCGCCGAGUCGCAGUCGCAUUCGGCUCAACCGGCUAGACACGGCCCCCGAAGUGUCGUUUUACCGCACCUUUCACAACCACUUCAGCGAACAGAAGGAGAAUGCGGCGGAAUGUAUAUAUACUUGUUGCAAAAUAAUUUGUUGUAAAUCAAUGUGAUGCAACCGGCGCAUCACGGCAGAUGAAAAAGAAAAAGAAUGCCAAAAUAAUACUUGAUCUUGACUAAAUCCUGGGGAGCUAUCUUCAUGCUUAACAAGAAAUUCUUGAGUGCUUCUUGUUCGUUAUUCCUCGUUCCUAACAUCUUAUUAGCGUCGUCCAGCGGUGGUCACCAGGGUCGGGAUAAGCAGGACCGGGUUUCCUCGCGGAACAACAUGCAGUACCCGUCGUUAAUGAACCAGACGAUGUCCGGAAAGCGGUUCGUCCUGCGCCCCCUGGUGAGCGGGAACGGGCCCGGAUUGGCGGACCAUGGGUUUUACCUGCCCGGAGGCACCACGGCGACCGGCAUGCCGAUGUCGGAUCCGCACAACCAGCUUUCGUCUAGCAGCAGCUGCCGGGAGUUGCCGAGCUUCCAGCGCCCGGUCAGUCGCGGCGAGCAGAGGCCAGUCAGUCGUGGGCGGGGCGGGAUCAGCACCAACGAUCAGGACGGGCUGAACAACACGACGUGCGGACAGGGCGGACCGCCAGGGAGCAACUCGUCCUGCAGUCCGACCAUGUUUCAUCCUGCGGGCGGGAACAAUACUAAUACUGUCGGCGGAAUAAUAAAUGGUUCCUCGUCUGCGGGCUCUUGUGGCAUAACUACCGGCGUAGCAGGCCUAGACCACCACGGCGGGCCGGCGACAUCGAUACCGUCCAGCUCGGGCACAACUAGCGGCAUAGGCGGUCCCAGCGGUCCUUCCUCCAGUACUAGCAACGGCCUGAGUCGGUGUAGCAGCACGCGGCAACUCGGCGUGUCGUCGCGAAGUGGCGGCGUUGUGCCGGGCCAGUCGGGCAGCUGUCACGUGGUCGGGCACCAGAUGACGAGCUGCGCGUCCGAGGUGACACUGGGCACCAGCUCGAAAAGCAGCAGCUCCUGCGGAAUCGUAGUGGGCGCGGGCGGGGACUGCAUUCCACGCGUGCGGUCUCUGGAAUCCUUCGACGAAAGGAGAGAAAUCACGCGUGACUACAAGAAGCACCGCGUAGAAAGACCCUCGGACCAAAUUCGACCGUCAAGCAGGCAGCAGAACACCAGACCAAACAGCAGAUGUGGUAAUUAUAUUCUUUCGAUUCGGAAUCAUGAUGAAGAUGAUGUUCAUGUUUAGUUUUCUGCAUGGAUGAUGAAACGAUGAUAAAGCAGAAGCGGCGUCAUCGAGAUUUGCAUUGGCUCGCCCCCGUCGCCUGCUUACUUGCCCGAUUUAUUUACUGCUGAGUCUACAUGCCGAUGCGAAGUCGAAGAAGCACAAGCACUAUGACGAUAUCGUACACACUUCCAAGCAAAAAAUACAGGUUUGACGAGCAGCCACUCCGGUCUGAUUUUACCUUCUAUCUCAACAACGCGGUCGAAGUCGAGUAAGGACUCGCAUAUUUUCCUGGACUGAAGGGCAGUUGUAUAGAAGGGAGAGGUCUGAUUUGAAUACGGGAUGGGCAUGCUGAUGGAGGUCUGCUGGGGAAGGGGAUUUUUCCUAAGGUGGUUCCAGUGGAUCAUAGAUAGGUACUAUAGGCACUAUCCUUUCGAGGAUGUUGCACUUCCUUCUUGCGCAAGGAAAAGUAACAGAAACCUUUACUACAGUACAUCAAAAACGAGGAACCAGAAUUAAUUAAUUUACACGACUUUGACUUGUUAGUCUUGACUGACCGAUUGAUUUGAUGCAAUUACGACAGUAUGAUCUUCGAUGAUUACAGCUUCUGUGCUUGAAUGGUACGACUCAAAUGACACUCGUUUCUCUCUCGUCCUUGUAAAAUCUUUUACUUUCCAAAUGAACUUGAGCUUUUCUGUUCACCGGUUUAUCCUACACUACCAGGCUACUUCACUAUGGCUGAUAAUGCAUAUCGAAACUGUCCUAAGCUUAAGCAAGAGAUCAUUGAGAUAGUACAAUAAUUGAAGACCCGUAGAAGUAUUUUCUGCAAAUUACCCUAAGAAAGGUCGUGGAUAAUGAAAAAUCCUAAAAGCAGCUCUGCGUCUGAUGUUUUGUAGUAAUUAGCUGCAGACGAGUAGCUCCUUAUCCUGUACAGCUAAGUGCGUCGACCCGGUGACAAAACUGCACGAAGAAGUGUCAGCGGAACAUCAACCCCUACCAACUAAACUCCAACUAAUGUACUGAAGUAGACCACACCAAAAAU